AUGGACCAAAAAAAUAUGAAGCAGUUUCCUGCUGCUUCUCGCGAAGGAGAGGUGUCAAAAGAGGAGGGAGAGCAAGUUGAUCGAGCCUUUCUAAUGAACCUUGACUUGGUUGUUGGGAGCGAGGAUUUGGCACUGUCAAAGCUUAUUUCUGAUCGUCUGGGUGAGAUCAAAGAGAUUCCACAUCAGAACGAGCACGAUAUGAAAAUGCCUUCUUUGACCCCUACCAGAAAGGCAGCCGUGUACGCGUCAACCAACGGACCACUCGAAGACCCCAGCAAGCCAACAAAACAAGCACAUAAUCAGUUUUUGCUUGUGGAUGCUAAAAUUGAAGCCAGCAAUCCUUCCUGCAUGGCAAACAGCUCUGGCACGAAUAAUGGAACGCAAGCAAAAUCCAGGGGGCAACAAGGAAGCUAG